UGUCGACCUAUAAUACACACCAUAAACGAAGAAGAAGUAGUCCCCCUGCGUUUACAACAUGGAUUAAUAUGUCUCUGAAUUCAGGGUCAACAACAACAGUUACCAUCAUUUAUCAAUAACGCGGAGCCCCCCGUCCAAGGGGUUCUGAAGAUCAUACACGUCUCCAUGGACUGGCUUGUGGGUCUUCCAGAUGCAUUCCACAUGGCAACCAGUGGUCUGAAUAUCACCAUCGUCCUCUUCCUGCUCUUCCUGGGUCUUCUCUACAGGUAUUCGGUAUCCCCCUACUCGACUCUGUCUCGAUGUGGGAUCAAGCAUCCCAGGCCGCUGCCCUUCUUCGGCAACCUGUUUAUGUUUCGCCAGGGUUUCCUCGACCCGAUAAACCAGAUCAUCAGGACGCAUGGGCGGGUGUGCGGGUAUUAUAUCGGCAGAAGGCCGAUUGUUGUGCUGGCAGACCCAGACAUCAUCAGACAGGUGACUGUGAAGGGGUUCAGCACCUUCCCCAACAGAUUGAACAACAACUUUGCGCCCAAGCCCAUGAGCGACUGCCUGCUGAUGCUGAGGGACGAGCAGUGGAAGAGGGUCCGCAGCGUGCUCACGCCCUCCUUCAGCUCGGCCAAGAUGAGAGAGAUGGUUCCUCUGAUUAACACGGCCACUGAUGUCCUGAUGAACAACCUGGACGCCCACGCAGAAUCUGGAGCGGCCUUUGACUUUCACAGGUGUUCCGGCUGCUUCACCAUGGACGUGAUCGCCAGCGUGGCGUUUGGCACUCAGCUGGACUCUCAGAGUAACCCCGACGACCCCUUCGUCCACAACGGACAGAAGUUCUUUGGCUUCACCUUCUUCAAACCCAUCAUACUGGUUUCCAUGAUGUUCCCCUUCCUCCUGACUCUCCUGCGGCGCGUGCUGCCCAAGCGCCGCGACACCGUCAGCGCUUUCUUCACACAGUCCAUCCAGAGGAUCAUCAAGCAGAGAGACGACCUGCCCCCAGAACAGCGGCGCCGGGACUUCCUGCAGCUGAUGCUGGACGCGCGGGGCGGCGGCGGGGAGGAGGUCGUCUCCCUGGAGGACUUUGACGCCGUCUCCCACGCCGCUGGUCCCAGCGACCCGCAACCGGACUCCGCUCCCGCGCCUCCGGCUCCGGGGCUGAAGAAGAAGAGGUGGCUGACGGAGGACGAGGUGGUGGGCCAGGCCUUCAUCUUCCUGCUGGCGGGCUACGAGACCAGCAGCAACACCAUCUCCUUCGCCUGCUACCUGCUGGCCACGCACCCCGAGUGCCAGCGCCGGGCGCAGCAGGAGGUGGACCUCUUCUUCAGCAGACACGAAUCCCUGGAAUAUACCAAUGUCCAGGAGCUGAAGUAUUUAGACAUGGUGUUCUGCGAAGCCCUGCGCCUCUACCCUCCAGGCUUCAGGUAUGGCCGCACUGUGGACGAGGACUGUGAGAUAAGCGGCCAGCCCUUACCUAAAGGAGCCACUGUGGAGUUCUCCAUAGGCUUCCUACAUUAUGACCCAGAGUACUGGCCAGAGCCACACAGGUUCAUCCCAGAGCGGUUCACGGCGGAGGCCCGAGCCAACCGGCACCCCUUCGUGUACCUGCCCUUCGGCGCCGGGCCCCGGAGCUGCGUGGGCGUACGGCUGGCCCAGCUGGAGGUCAAGAUGGCCCUGGUGAACGUGCUGCGCAGGUUCCACCUGGUGGCCUGCGCUGAGACCAAGGUCCCUCUUGAGUUGAAGUCUGAUGUCACUCUCGGACCCAAGAAUGGCAUAUUUCUUAAGAUCACUAAAAGAGAAGCUGAUAACCGAAGCUGAGAAAAUAGGCAAAAAUAUACUAUAUAUCAUCUAGGACGGCAGCAAUCAAUUGCUCAAUGGGUUUGAUGGAAAAGUUAAAUAACACAAAGCAAGUUACUUCCCUGUAAAUUAAAGGAGAAGUGCUCUGGUGUUGAUUUCAUUUUGAGUGAUAAAUCAAUGAUCUCAUUGUGCAUACCGUAGUGCUGCUGGAAUAUUAUUUGCCUGUUCUUAACUCCAAAGUGUUGGGCAGUGGUCCAUAAGGUCAAUAACAACACACAGUAUAUAAGGCUUGUAGGGUUACUAUUUAUUUAUUGGUACGACAGUCUUAUCCCAAGCACCUCCCAGUGGAUCCAGGUCCGACUCCGGAGCAAGCAGUGGUGAGGCAUUUUGCACGAGGUGGGCUGCAGCCAUUGGGAUUGCACUGGAUUACAGUGAUGUGAUUUUUUUUUUUUUGUUUCAAGAUUAUGUUGCAAGUUAUGCAUUGUUUUUAUAUGCAUUCAUAUACUUAUUGAACUGAUUUGAAUAAUGGAAUUGUUAAACUAAUAAAAAAAAAAA